AUGACGCUACUGCGCCUCCCAGAAGAGAUCCUUCUCAUGAUCCUGGGCUUCUUGAAGGAGGAAUCCGACAUCAAGCAGUGUACCCUCGUGAGCCGGCGCAUGUACGAAACUACCAUCGAACAUCUGCGCAAGGCACACAUUAUGUCUGGCGGGAUCGUGGUCCCACGCUGGUCUUCCUUCCGUGGCCAAGAAGCCACACUUUUCAAGUCCAUACAGCUUGACGCAAAUGCCAAUAUCAACAAACCCGUCCGGAGCCUGAUAUCCUACUCCGGCGAUCCUUGGAUCUUAUACUCUCCCCGCAGCUGCGGUCCUCUAGCCAUCGAGGCUUUCUACACGAGUGAUUCCGCAACGUGUCUUCAUCUUGCAGCCAGGGACGGCCGUGUAGGAAUGCUGCGUCGAUUGAUUACGGCGGGCGCAGACGUCGAAGCGAGAGACGAGCAUUCGUGGUCACCUGUCCUCCUAGCGAUGGCUAACGGACACCUGGAAGCUGCAAUGAUUCUACUUCGCAAUAUUCCUGGCGAGUCACACGGUGCAAAUCAUCUUGUCAUUGCCGACCAUCACAUGACUGCUCUUCAUCUGGCAUGCUAUCUUGGGCAAGCAGGUGUCAUUGGGUAUCUUCUCGCUAUGGGUGCUAACGUCAACGCCCUGGAUAGCUUCGGACUCUUCCCCUUGGACUAUUGGAUGAGGACUAGUGAGCUUCUUCAGGCUCUCUUCAAGACAAUUGGAAAUCACUGUACUUUGGCGCCUCGCUUCACUGUGGCCUGUCUCGAAAACGCAGACCACGUCGACAUCAUAUUGAUGUUGGAGGAAGCUGGCGCACAGCGUCGCUCGAUCGAUCCCCCACCAAACCCUCAAUCUCAACACCAAAAAAUAUCACAACCUCACACACCCCCUCUCAAUCAGAACGCGAUCCCACAUACACAAACAACAAACACCACUUCUCCCCUUUCCCAACGCCCCCAUAAUUCAUAA